CUUUUGUAACGAAUACGUUACAUUUGUCUCGCUAGAUAUAAAUUAAAGAGCUAAAACACAACACCUGCCCGCCAUUAAAAAAAUUUGAUUUAAUGUAUAUGUAAUUUCAACUACAAAUUAAAGGAAUAUUACAUGACCAAUUAUAAAUCUAGUUUUAAUUAAGUUGCUAACAAUGAACAUCAAAUGGUCUGAUUGACUUACUAAAUCUUUAGCUCUAUAUCGCUGUCAUUUUUUCUACAAUAUAUAAAUUUGUUGAUUAAUAAUACUUCAUACCAUUGAAAAAAAAAAUUACAACGAUGAAAAUCAAAAUAUACUCAAAUAUCUUCGAAUGAGGCGCUUCUUUUUCUUUUUUGGCUAGAACUCAAAAGUUAGGUUGCACAGGUUGCACUUACACCAUUGAAAAAAAUAUUAUAUAAAGAAAAAUAAAAGUUAGUUAAGAUUCCGAAUCUCCCGCGCAAAAAUCUUCUGUUAGAAAGAGAAAACAACUCAAGAAGAAAGGAAAUUAGCUUUAUGGGGUAAGAGAGAGAAAGAGAAGAAAAAAACCCUCAAUCUUUUUUCUCUCUAUCUCUCUUCUCCAUUCCCCAUUGUUUUGGUUUUCUCUCUCCUCAAAAGAAGGAAAAUUGCUACAAUCUUAUUUGUGUUCUCAGAGGCAUUUCAACAAACAGUUGGUGGGCAUGGCUUUAUCGGAAGAUUUGGCGCCGCUGCCCAUCAACUGUACUGCGGUGGCUAUCGAUAAGGAUAAGCAUAGCCAAUACGCGGUUAAAUGGGCAAUUGAUCAUCUUUUGUCCGGCAAGCAUUUCCUCAUUUUGAUCCAUGUUAAGCAGAGAAAUCAUGGUGGUGGGUUAUUUGAGGUAGGCACAGGGGGAAUUGAAUCUGAUCCAACACAUAUUUUCAUUCCUUAUCGUGGAUUUUGUGCUCGCAAAUCGGUUCAAGUGCGAGAGGUUGUUCUUGAAGAUGCUGACAUAGCUAGGGCUAUCCUGGACUAUGUGAACUGCAACUUCAUCACUAACAUUGUUAUCGGUGCAUCUUCAAGAAAUGUUGUUGCAAAAACCUUUAAAAAGCCUGAUGUGCCAAGCUAUGUGACCAAAUGUGCACCAGAUUUCUGUUCUGUGUAUGUUAUUGCAAAGUCAAAAGUUCUCAGUGUCCGAUCAGCACAGCGUCCUGUUGCGAAUACUCCCACUCCUCCAAAGCUUCCAUCUCUUGGAUUGCCACAUCAAUUUUCAAUGGAACAGGCACUUGCUGACGACUUCAGCUUAAGAUCACCUUCUUACCGAGGAUCACUGAACUCCAAUGGAUCUGAAAGAAAAUCUUGGGAUAGAAGCAUUGAAGGCAGCAGGGCUGGACGACGGGCGUCUGUGUUGGGAAGUGCUUGGAAGGGGUCAUCAUCAAUGGAAAAUAUUGACAUUAAUGCUGGAACAUCCAACCACCGCAAUUCCUUAUCUGAUGAUGCUGAUAAUAUUGACCACUCAUUCCAUAAUAUGCUUGAAGUGCCUGCCAAGGACUCAGACUUUUCGUUUGUUGGCGGUCCUCCAAGAAAGGAUCUCACUCACUCACCACAGAAUGAUCUAGAGGCAGAAAUGAGACGCUUAAGGCUUGAGUUAAAGCAAACAAUGGAUAUGUACAGCACAGCUUGCAAAGAAGCAAUCACUGCGAAGCAGAAGGCUAAAGAGCUUAAUGAUUGGAAGAUGGAGGAAAUUCGAAAAUUUGAGCAAACACGUAGCUCCAAAGAGUCUGCUCAUGCAGUUGUUGAGAUGGAGAAGGCGAAGUGUAGAGCUGCUAUAGAAGCUGCUGAAGCGGCACAGAGAUUAGCUGAGAAAGAAGCACAGAAAAGAAAGCUUGCAGAAUAUAAGGCUAAGCAAGAAGCAGAUGAGAAGAAUCGAGCAUUAAAUGCGUUAGCUCAUAAUGAUGUUAGGUACAGGAAAUACACCAUUGAUGAGAUAGAAAUCGCAACUGAAAACUUUUCUCCACAAAAUAAAGUCGGUGAAGGUGGGUACGGACCUGUUUAUCAAGGUAGGCUGGAUCAUACUCCUGUUGCCAUCAAAGUAUUAAGACCAGAUGCUGCACAAGGAAGGAAGCAGUUCCAACAGGAGGUUGAGGUACUAAGCUGCAUGCGACAUCCUCAUAUGGUUCUUCUCCUAGGAGCAUGCCCUGAGUAUGGUUGCUUGGUUUAUGAAUACAUGAACAAUGGAAGCCUGGAGGACAGGCUCCUCCGGAAAGGUGGGACCGCUCCUAUUUCCUGGAGAAUCCGAUUCAAAAUAGCUGCUGAGAUUGCAAUUGCCCUUACAUUUCUCCACCAGGCGAAACCAGAACCCCUUGUGCAUCGUGAUCUAAAGCCAGCGAAUAUCCUCUUAGACAAAAAUUAUGUGAGCAAAAUCAGUGAUGUUGGUCUAGCAAGAUUGGUUCCGCCUUCUGUGGCAAAUAGUGUCACACAGUAUCACAUGACUUCUGCUGCAGGAACUUUCUGUUACAUUGAUCCUGAGUAUCAACAGACAGGAAUGUUAACCACCAAAUCUGAUGUAUAUUCUUUGGGGAUAAUGUUGCUUCAGAUAAUUACCGCAAAACCUGCAAUGGGUCUCAGUCACCAUGUUCAACGGGCCAUCGAUACUGGAACUCUUGCUGAUAUGCUGGACCCAAAUGUGACUGACUGGCCGGUUGAUGAAGCUAUCUCAUUUGCAAAAUUGGCCUUAAAAUGUUCUGAACUUAGGAAACGGGACCGCCCAGAUCUUGCUACCGUUGUAUUGCCAGAACUCAUUCGACUAAAAGAUUUUGGGAUGACUGAAGACCCAAACAAUUUCUAUGCUUACAAGCCAAGAAUUCACAACUCAGUUCCACGACCAAGGUCAACAGGCAAGAGUGGCAAAAACCCGUCGUCAAGUUCACAUCAUCGAUCAUCAAAUUCUAGCCAGGGAAAAAAUUUCAACUGAUGCCUUUUUCUCUCUCCCUAAGAAUGCCACAUGCAUGCUCCGCUAUCUAUUUUUGAAUGCUUCAUCUAUCACAUGUAAUGCUCAACACCUGGCCACCUCUGCCUAUACUCCAGCCUUUAGGAAGGGCAGGACUCGAGGGAGAAUACAUAGAAUAUUCUCCUCCUAGGCUUAGGAUAUAUUUUGUUAAGUUACACAAAGUAUAAGGAUUCACUAGGUAAUCUUGCUUGAAGUCAUGUAUUAUCUGAUUAUCCAUGUCAAUUGACAUUGUGGUGUUAUAGGCAAGAAAGAACUUCAAAUGAAAAUCAUUGAUGAUUUGCUAAAUGUUGAAAUGUUGAUGAU